AUGAAUCCUGUGAUUGGCGACAAAGCGCUAUUUGCUCUAGGCGGUGUUCGCCCGGACACCAUGGCCGAGAUUGACAAGAUCCGUUGCCAUGUUUCCUAUGCGCUCGGGCAGCUCCAGGCAAAGACGACCCAAGACCAAGACGCUCGCAAGAAGCUCCUAGCCACCCUGGAGGCAUACAUCGCCAGGGGGGAAUUUCCUCUCAACGAGAACGACGCUGCGCCCAACCAACGCCAUCCCUGCUUUGUGGACAGUGCGGGUACUCCAUGUGCUGUGGCACAUCUAAUGCAACAGAGCGGUGCGAAAGCCCUCGCUGACACGAUUGCAUCCUCUCACAAGUACGAUUCGAUUGCUCGAAUGGUCGAGGAUGAAGAGCUUUCGCCUCAAAUCAACUCUUGGGCGUUCUCGAAUGGUCUAAGUGUGCGGGAUCUUUCUCUCAUUCAGCCAACGUAUGAGUUUGUUGCAAGAGAAGCUCGUGAACUGUUCAGUAAGGUGGAAUCCAAGCUCCUUGAGGCAUCCUCCUCCGCUACGUGCUUGGAGGAGGUCGAAAGAAACAAAGUGUCCAACCUCAUGGUUCGGUUCGGAGACACAAUGAUUUCUGGAUUCGGCUGGCCUGGACGCGAUAUCCCCGACUACCUCGAGAGGAUUAAAAAGUUGGAAAUCAGCGUUCCUGACGACAAGGCAGAGGUUCACGAACUCAUCAAGUUGCUACGCCAAGAGGUGGAAGGUGCCAAAAGAGGAAACGGAAACAAGCGGACAACGGCAGCUGAUUACGAAGGCUUUCUCUGUCCCGAGGACCUGGAGAUUAUGAAGGAGUCUAGAAUUUCCAAUCGCAGGGUGAGGCAUAAGGAGUCAUAA